AUGAUCAACUAUAGGCACACCUCUGCCACUCCCAGGGGAACUGAUGCAGAAGCUACGAGGCGGAUACGAAGAUUGAACUUGCUGAUGCCUACAACCAGAUCAAGCUUGCACCAGAAAUUUCUUCUUUCUUUCUUUCUUUUUUCUUUCUUUCUUUCUUUCUUUCUUUCUUUCUUUCUUUCUUUCUUUCUUUCUUUAAACGACUCUGUGUUGCUUGAUUUGUUAUCUGAGUGUUUUUCACUGUUAGAGGAAAUGGGUUUCGAUACCUGCGGUUGGCUCCCCCACCACCUUAUUAGCCUUUCUUUUCUUUUCUAUUCUUUUUUAUUCUUUUCUUUUUUUUCUUUCUUUCUUUCUUUCUUUCUUUCUUUCUUUCUUUCUUUCUUUCUUUCUAUGUUCAUCGCCUUACUUUCUACUUUUUAUCGUUUUCCGAUUUUCUGCUGCAUCCGCUCCAUGUCAGCCUUUUCUGCUUUUGUUUGUUUGUUUGUUUGUUUGUUUGUUUCUUUCUUUCUUUUUCUUUCUUUCCUUCUUUCUUUCUUUCUUUCUUUCUGUUUCUUUCUUUCUUUCUUUUUCUUUCCUUCUUUCUUUCUUUCUUUCUUUCUUUCUUUCUUUCUUUCUUUCUGUUUCUUUAUUUCUUUCUUUUUCUUUCCUGCUUUCUUUCUUUCUUUCUUUCUUUCUUUCUUUCUUUCUUUCUUUCUUUCUGUUUCUUUUUUCUUUCUUUCUUUCUUUCUUUCUUCUUCAGUUUGUUUCUUUCUUUCUGUUUCUUUUUUUCUUUCUGUUUCUUUCUUUCUUUCUGUUUCUUUUUUUCUUUCUUCUGCAGUUUUUCUUUCUUCUUCUUCUUUCUUUCUUUCUUUCUUUCUUUCUUUCUUUCUUUCUUUCUUUCUUUCUUAUAUUCUCACUCUCUCUAUCCGACCAGGAUCUUAUAACUUCCAGGGAAUGAGUUCAGAACUCAUAAAGAAGGCAUAUAUGGAGAGCACUCGUCGCGGUGCUUUCGGUUCCACUGCUGCCCGUGAUAUCGUCUUCACGAACAAGGGUCAAACUGAUGUGCCCGGACCUUCCCAUUAUCAGGUGAAGGAUAAACGUUUCGAAAAUGCUCACAAGAACUUCACCUCUUCGUUUGCAUCGACUACUCGACGGGAAAAAGCUCAAACACCUGAGGUAGGUCUUUAUUUACUGCUAUAA